AUGAGCAGCGACAGUGAGCAGAGACUGUCGGCAUUAGAAGAUCAGUUGAGAGAGUUGGAAUCUCGUCAAACUGUUAUGCAGCAGAAGACAAUCGCAGCGUGUUACGAGUCAGUCGAUAACAUUCGGAAACAGUUCAAGACGAAAGUUGAUUUAUUGGAUCAACACAUGAGACUGAUGACAGAGAAAUGCAUUAAAUUUGAAGAAACUAUUUCUAUGCAGGAUGCCAGGAUGAAGCAACUGCAAAGCGAAUUAUCUCAAUGCAGACUCAACGAUCGAGUGCUGGCGAGUCAUGAUAUGAAACUAGCAGAACACGAUCUGAGGCUUGACAUGAUUGAUUGUAAGAACACGAACGGUGUGCUGCUGUGGAAGAUUACUGACAUGAGACGACGAAGACGAGAUGCUGUGAGUGGCAAGACACCAUCCAUCUACACACAACCAUUCUACACGUCACCCAAUGGAUACAAGAUGUGUGCUCGUCUCUAUCUGAAUGGAGACGGGAUGGGACGUGGUACUCGUUUGUCUCUUUUCUUUGUGAUUAUGAGAGGAGAAUACGAUUCUCUUCUUCCUUGGCCAUUUAGACAGAAAGUCACUCUCAUACUCAUCGAUCAACAAGGUGGCAGUCACGUGUCUGACACGUUCAGACCUGAUCCCACGUCUUUGUCUUUUCAAAGACCAAGAAAUGAGAUGAAUGUUGCAUCUGGAUGUCCACUAUUUGUACAUCUGGCUAUCUUAGACAGCAAUGGAUAUGCUAGAGAGGACACUCUAUUUACAAAGAUAGCAAUUGAUAUCACAAAUAUUAUACGACCAGAUGCCAGCUGA